AUGGAGGGCGGCGGCGGCGGCGGCGAUCAUGUUCAGAGUAGCGGCGGAAAUGGAAAUGGAAAUGGAAACGGAAACGGAAACGGAGGGUCUCGAUGGAACCCAACGAAGGAGCAGAUAAACAUGCUGGAGGGUUUAUACAAACAGGGUUUAAGAACACCAACCGCCGAACAGAUACAGCAGAUUACAGUUAGGUUACGCGAUUUCGGACACAUCGAAGGUAAAAACGUGUUUUACUGGUUCCAAAACCACAAAGCUAGACAAAGGCAGAAGCAGAAGCAGGACACGUAUGCAUAUUUCAACCGCUUUCUCCACCACCACCCCUCCCCUCUUUUCCCACUACCUUAUCAAAAUGUUGGUUGCAGCCCAUGUUAUAUGGCAGCACCAAAGAAUGAAGGACAGUUGUACCACCACUAUCCAAAGGUACUACCAAUUCCUGCAGGUAAUUAUAGUAAGAGGCCAACACUAAUCCCAGGAAGCACAAGUCAAAGUCAAAGGUACAACAAGCCAAUGCACAAGAAUCAAGAGGAGCAUCAUCAUCAUCAUCAAGAAACACUGGAUUUAUUCCCAAUCCAUCCAACUGGGAUUCUACAAUCAAGAAGUGGCCGGAUUGAGAUUGAUAGCAAUCCUUGUCCAAGUAGCUCAUCUGAUCAAAAUGAUGGAUUAAAUAGUGAUACUAAUAUCCAAUACCCCUUUUUUGAUUUUUUCUGUGGGAAAGGAAAUUAAUUUAAUUUAAAAAAAAAAAAUAUUGUCAUUAUGAAAAAAAAGUCUCACUGAAUUCUAGGGUUUUCAGAGGGUGUUCUGACAAGAUCUGUGAUUGUGGGUUGAGAUUCAAUUUGACUGAAGAUUUUUCAAU